AUGACUAACUGUGUAGAAAUGUCUAGCUCUUCUUCUGGUCUGGAGAGCGUUCUAAAGACGCUGAGUAAAACAUUUCGGGGCACCGGUGGAUCUUCUCCAGCAGCGAUCAAAGCUCGUAUACAGCCCGCGGUGGUAGAAGGUGCCGCUGAUCUUGAUCAAUUGUUGGAUAAAUUGAAUGCUCCAGCAAACGUCGUUAGCAUUAGUGAUAAGAUCAAGGCAGCAGAACUUAUUCGAGCGUCUAUUGAAGAGAAUGCAGUCUCAAGCAUACCCGAAAUUUGGUAUAAUGCGCGCUACCUCAUUUCCAGUAACCACCAGACCGAAGCUCGCAGAGCAGGUUUGCGAUUAAUGCACUCGUGUAUUGCCCAUGAUGAAAGAAGUAUUGGCGUGAGGAUUUCCUACUAUAAGGCUAUUAUUAAGCAUAGUAAUUUGGAAGAUUUCGAUUUGCAACUCGAUUGUUUGCAAACUUUGACAAACAAUGGUAGAGAUUUGCUUGAUUUAAAUCAAUCUGGCUAUACAUUACCUAGGGUGUUGUGGAGCUGGUUGAAACGGCUUGCCAGCGAAGCACAGGAAAUUCGUAUAGGGCGAAAAAAGGACAUCACUUUGCCAUGGGGAACGUCAAUGGAGCAAAAUUUUCAUGACAUGAUGAAAUACAUUAUUAACACCUUGAGGUUUAGCAUUGCUGCAUAUGACGAAGGUGAUUUGGAAAUUAUAUUGAAGGAAGCUACAUUGAUUGCGCGGAAGACUUCUGAUGUUGAUGAUAUCAGCCUCAUCUGUGAACUUAUUAAUACUGUGAUGGUGUAUGGCCUCAUACCUAUGAAUAGCUUGAGAAAUAUUCUUGAGAUUCUUUGUGGUAUUAGCAUUACGGUUGAAUCGCUGACAGACAAGGUAUGGGAGUGCGUUUUGAAUUUAGCCCAUAGCCAUCUUGGAAAUAGUACAAUAUCGCAUCUCUGUCAGAUCCUUGAAAAUACGCAUCGAAAAGAAGUUAAUUCGAACACUAUGCGGGGAGCAGCUAGAUUUCUUCAAAAACUACUCAGUAAGCAAGAAAAUUCCACUGAGGAUGACAGUGGCAGUGUGACAAAGCUAAAACAGCCCAGUCUAAUUCCUCAUAUCGGACCACAUAUUAUCCCAAUGACUAAAGUUUUGCAUGCCUAUCGGAAGUCAUUGGACGUCGAAAGUCUCCGCCAUAGUCUUGAAAUUUGUCGAUGUAUUUACGAUUUGCUGAAGGAUGAACACACUGCUGACUGCAUCGGGUAUGAACUAUGGGAGUCUAAGUCCCAUUCGCCCCUGGAGAUUAUUUACCAGAUAAGCAGGACGACAUCUGUAGAGCAGAAAUCUAGAAGAAGCUCUGCUGUCAGCGCAGGAGGUGGUUCGAUGAACAAUAAUACGGAUACAGUGUCCCAAAUUCUUGAUUCCUUUGUGUCUGUAUUUCACCUUCUGUCAGAUUUACUCAAGUCAAAGAGAUUGAAGGGUCCGUACGAAGUCGUUAUCGACUUUUUCAUAGAUAUGUGCCCCUAUUUGGACCAAGACACUGCACUAGUGGUCAUAGAUCACUUUGCUAGUAUGCAUUAUUGUAAUCCAAUGUCGACAUCAUGGGUGGAAAAUACCGAAACUCUACUCAUUAACUUCUUCUUUGAUCCACACUGGUCUUCGGUUAUUAGAGUAAGGAUUCUCGAUAUCAUCAAAAUGAUUUACAUCUUAGGCAAUAUAGAUGAUCGAAGGUCACUGGUUAACGAUGUCAUAGAAAGGGUAUUUUCAAUAAUGGACGAAGAGUACGUUGACAACGACACUAUAAAGGCUCUUAUUGAACUUUAUCUUUACAUCUGCCAAGAUUGUAACUAUUCAAUGUUUGUGCAAAUAUCAGAAAUAUUGAUGCGACAGUUCAACGCUACUAAACACAUGCCAAAGAUGGCUAUAAACGUGCACCACAGGACAGCUACCCAUCAUCACCAUCAAUGGCCAAAUGCUACAGCAAGAUCUUCCAAGCGGCAGAUUAUUGCAAGGGCCAUUGCGCAGCUGUUUGUUCAAGUUUUCCGAACUCUCCCACGACGAUCACGGUAUCUAUAUUUUAAUUUGGUUGCCAUUUGUCAGAAGUCUAUCACUGAACCACUUGCAUUUAUAGAGGCAGCUAGGGUUCUGAUUCGAAUUCGAAGUACAGGGUCAAAUCAUAUCUAUCUUACAGACCCAGCUAAUAGCCAGAUAGCAGCUGGCCGGGUAGCGAAAGCACGCUCAAAGUCAGGUUCCCUUAGUGGUCCCAGUUUGAAUAAUGAUGAUGUUUCUUCAAUUUCCUCGAGCACUACAGCUGCUGCAAUUGCUACUCCCUCGGACAGCUCAGUUAAUUCCUCCAUGGUUUCCUCACAAGAACCUGUCUGGUUAUAUCCUGACCACGUAGAGUAUCUCGAUGGGAAGCUCAAUAGUCCUUCACCGAUUCUAAAGAGAUUGUUACCGGGCCAGGAGAUUGAUUUUCAAAGUAGUGGUAAGCUCACUAGCAGAGAGUACGAGAUUGACACCACUGUGCUCCUGGACCUUGUUGCAAAUGUUUUGGAGUUUGGUGCUCACUGGGAAAUCUACUCCUUUAUUUGGACUCAUUUCCCCCCUCAGCUUGCGAACACACAACUGUUCAGUGGCUGCAAUGGUGAAGUAUUGCGUUUGAGAAAAUUUCUUUGUGACCAAAUCUCUAACUCAAAGCUUCCUCCAAGUGUGAUACUGCCUUCAGAUGUUACUAAGCACGAUAUUAUGGUUUUGCAAAUCUUGACUUUAUCCCUGUUGCUUCCAUUUAAUGAUGUGUUUGGUAAGACUGACUAUGAUUAUAUAGUCCAGGCUCUUGUUCUUGGUCUGUCCUCAUGGGAACGGACAGCAGUGCCUUGUAUUCAUGUUCUGGUGGUCUGCUGUUAUGAAUGUCCUCUAUCCGUAAAGAAAUUUCUGGGUCAGAUUUUUGCGAAGUUUCAAACCAAAAUUACAACUACGUUAUCUAGUCCUCAUAUAUUGGAGUUUUUGAUUUCUCUAUCUCGACUACCUUGGAUUACAGAUAAUUUCACACAGGAUGAAUACAAGAGAGUAUUUGCCAUGGCUUUUACUUAUAUCAAGCAUGCCAAUGAUUUGACGCAAAAGAGCCAGGCCGAGGAGUCCGAUCGAAUCAUGUCUCAGUACCUGUUGGCCCUUGCUUAUAGUGCUAUCUCGAGUUGGUUUUUAACCAUUAAACUAGCUAAUCGUAGACAUAUGGCCACGUUCAUUACAAGAAAUUUAAUUUUGGCGGACGGUCGUACAGAUGACAUUGAUGAACAGAGCCUCGCUACUCUAGAUCUGAUAUCUCGUUUUUCUUACUCUGAUAUUGAUCUCAUUUUACAAUCUUCAUUCACUAGUAAUGCAAGUGACCAAGAAACAACAACGAAGAGCUGGAUAUACGGAAAAAGCAUUAUAUCUAUCGAGACAAAUAUAUAUACGGGAGCUAGUAAGGCUAUUGUUCGUCGGCCAACUGGAACAUCGCUGUUGAAUAUGAGACCAGAUGACAAAAUGGUGCCGAAAUGGGUUAGAGAUAGUAUAACUUUGAAAGAGGCAUCAUCGUCGAGCGAGCAGAACUUAUCUGUAAUGUACUCACCCAGCUAUUAUCUUCUUCAGUUAUUGGUUCCGAAUGACAUACAUACCGAUCACAAUCCAAUACCUUUAAACGAUGAUGCUCAGAUAAUCCGUGCAAUUGGUGCUAUAGACAGAGCCCCAGUAGUUGACUUUCAUAAAGUGGGUAUUCUAUAUAUUGCACCCGAUCAGAGAACUGAGCAAGAAAUCCUUGCUAACUCUACCGGAUCGAAAAGCUACAGAUUGUUUCUCAGUAAGAUGGGCAAACUAGUCAGACUGAAAGGUAAUCGUAGUAUUUAUACCGGUGGACUGGAUACAGAGAUGGAUAUUGAUGGUGAAUAUGCCUAUUCUUGGAGUGAUAAAAUAACACAGAUGAUAUUCCAUACGACAACGAUGAUGCCCUCACCAGCAAACCCUCAAGAUACCAGCAUCUCAAGUAAAAAGAGGCAUAUUGGCAACAACUAUAUUUCUAUCUUUUAUGACGAAUCAGGACUACCAUUUCGAUUUGAUACCAUCAAGAGCCAGUUUAAUUUCAUCAAUAUAGUAGUGACUCCGCAGUCCAAUGGCCUUGAUUCGAUUCUUAACUCUUCAGAAAAAAGGCCAGAUUUUGCAGCUAAAAACUUUUACCAAGUGAGAGUUUACAAAAGAGAUGGACUGCCUGAUCUGUUUGCUGCCUGUAAUAUUAAAGUCGUGUCGGAACCAUGCCUGGCAGUUUUUGUCCGUAAUCUCGCGAUUGUAGCCUCCAAAUUCGCCACAGUCUAUCAUUCUGGCGGACAGUAUGUCUCAAAUUGGCGCUAUAGACUUCAACAGAUCAACCAGUUACGUGAAAGAGUUGCUACUCAACAACGUGAGGAGUUUGAACAGAAGCAGAAGCAACAGCCUCAACAAAAUGAUGAUCUAGCUACUGAUAGCAGGGACACGGGUCAUACCACUGGCAGUGUGUCAACCGCAGGUGAUGUAGCUCUGUCAUUCCUUGAUCAACUCCAACUGGGGUCUGGAACUCCUGCGCUCGAGGCUGUCUCGGAUACCAACUCAUCGACCCCGGCAACUUCAUUUGUACCGGAUAAUGAUAGAGGCACUGAUCUGCCAUUGCUCAGAUCUCUAGACUUCUCUGGUUAUACAUAG